AUGAAGCAGAGGAAGAAGACGACUACUAUGAGCUGGAUUCCUCCGAUUUCAUUCAUCCCCAUCUGCUUCUUCCUCUUCUUACCCAUCAUUGCUCAUGGCUUAAAGGACCAAGCUUCAGCUACAUUGAAGCUUGAGUUGAUUUACAGGGACGACCCUCGAGUUCAGUUCCAUGGCAGAAAACAGAGUCUUGAUAGGUUCGAACGCGUCAAAGAGCUUGCUCGCAGAGACAUGAUUCGCCACACAAGGAGGAAGGCUUGGGAAACUUUUGACAUGCCAAUGCACGGGGGGAGAGAUUUAGGAGCUGGAGUGUAUUUUGUGCAAGUUAAAGUUGGGACACCAUCUCAGAGAUUCUGGCUUAUUGCAGAUACAGGAAGCGAUCUCACAUGGUUUAACUGCAAUUACAAGCCACAAAAUUUCACCUCACGUCGUAAGAGAAAAUCUCCUAGCCGAAGGAGGGUGUUUUCUCCUCAUCGUUCUCGUACUUUUCGACCAGUGACUUGUUCAUCUCUGGAAUGCAAGGCUGAUCUCAGCCAUCUGAGUUCUCUACGGACUUGUCCUAAUACUUCUGCUCCAUGCCUAUAUGACUACAGCUACCUUGAUGGGUCAGGAGUAAUGGGAUUAUUUGGCAGAGACACUUUCACAGUAGGCCUCACAGAUGGGAGAAAAGGCAAACUGAAGAACAUGGCUAUUGGGUGCACAAGAUCUGUCGUUGAUGGUCCAACGGUCAGCAAGGACAUUGAUGGCUUAUUAGGGUUAGGUCUUUCGGAAGAUUCAUUUGUUUCCACAGCUGCUUCACAAUACGGAGGCAAGUUCUCAUACUGCUUAGUUGACCAUCUGAGCCACAGAAAUGUUUCAAAUUUCCUCACUUUUGGCACAGUAAUUACAAAAGCAAGCCUCCUGAGAGAAAUCCACACAACCCCACUUGUAGUAAUCGGUUCAAAUUAUGGUCUAAAUAUGGUAGGCAUCUCCAUGGGAGACCAGCUUCUGAGAAUCCCACAAAUGAUUUGGGAUUUCAAUGCUAAUGGAGGAGUCAUACUUGAUUCAGGCACAUCCUUGACACUUCUAACCAUGCCUGCUUAUCUAUCUGUCAUAGAGGCUCUGGUGAAACCUUUGGAUCGGUUAAAGAAAAUGAAGGCAUUUGAACCAUUUGAGUAUUGUUACAGUACAAAGGGGUUCAAUGAGAGUUUAGUGCCUAGACUGGCUUUUCACUUUGAAGGUGGUGCAAGGUUUGAGCCACCAGUGAAGAGCUAUGUGAUCGAUGUGAAUCCAGAACAGAAGUGCAUUGGGAUUGUUGGAAUCGACUGGCCUGGUGUUUCAAUCAUUGGAAAUAUUAUGCAGCAAAAUCAUUUGUGGGAAUUUGAUUUGUUUCAUAACACUCUGAGGUUUGCUCCGUCUCCAUGCUGAUGGUAUAUACCAUUUAGUGAGGUUGGUUCUUCAAUUGCAGGAGAAGAAACUCCAAACAGACUAAACAGAAAAGAAGCAAAGUGACUUUUGGGACUUGUUUUAGUUUCUUUGUUGUUAUUACUGUGAUGUGAUUAUGAUGCUGAUCAAUAUAUUCUUUCAAUUUUAUCCUUCUCUCUUUCUUUGUUUAAUAAUACAUACAAAUGUGUAUCAUAAAGCAAGUGAAAGUUUCUUUUGGUGUGACUCAGAACAAUGUUUCCCCUGAAAAUGUAUGGUAUAUAGUACUAACGUUUACCCUCUUUU